UCCUCGCUAUACUGAGUCUAACCCUAUUGCCGCUCCCGGAGUGCUUUGCAGCUGACGGCGACGACUACAUUUCCCAGGAGCCUCAGCUGCACCGCCCACCGGAAGCGGCGGGCGAAUUGCUUGCCCUUGCGCGGGGAGUGAGGCCGGAGACUGACCAUGGUGGCUCGAGUGUGGUCCCUAAUGAGGUUCCUCAUCAAGGGAAGCGUGGCAGGGGGAGCAGUCUACCUUGUCUAUGACCAGGAGCUGCUGGGGCCCAGUGACAAGAGCGAGGCUGCCCUACGGAAGGCCGAGGAGGUGGUGCCACCAGCAAUGUACCAGUUCAGCCAGUAUGUGUGCCAGCAGACGGGUCUGGAGAUGCCACAGCUCCCAGCCCCUCCACAGAUUAACUUCCCGAACUUCCGUGACUCCUGGAACUCAGGCAUCAUCUCCGUCAUGGCAGCUUUGUCCGUGGCCCCCUCCAAGGCCCGAGAAUACUCCAAGGAAGGCUGGGAGUACGUGAAAGAACACAGCAAGUAACGGAUGCCACCUGCCCAGCGUUACUGGGGAGUGAGACCAGGAUGCCGCACACUCGACCACAGUGGGGACCCCACUCUGAGGGCAGCUUCCAGCAUUUGGUCCAAUAAAGGACUUGGGAAUGGUC